GGGAGGUACAGUAGGACGUGGGAGGAGUAUCGAGGGAUAUUUCUCUGAAACUACACUGUAAUUCUUUGUCUUUUGUUUGAGCCCCAGCAGGAUGAGAACAGCGCUGCUCAGUGUUUACCUGCUGGCUGUGUUGACGGCCAUCGCUCAGGCCUCACCAGCAGGGAGCAGCGACCCCGUGGUCUCUCUGAAAAAUGGCCGGAUCAGAGGAGAAUAUGUGACUGUUAAAGGCACAGAGAGGAGGGUGAAGCAGUACCUGGGGAUCCCCUUCGCUCGGCCCCCCGUCGGGCCUCUUCGCCUGGCUGCUCCCCAGGAUGUGGAGCCCUGGGAGGGUGAGCGAGACGGAACAAAGCAGCCACCAAUGUGCAUCCAGGAUCCAGACAUAGUCGUGAACGUUUCCAAAACCAUGUCACUAGAAUUCACCCCACCGGAGCUCUCAGAGGACUGUCUGUAUCUGAACGUCUACACUCCAGCUGAAGCAACAACAGCCAACAAACUGCCUGUGAUGGUGUGGAUCCACGGAGGAGGCCUGGCGAUGGGUGCAGCUUCUCAGUUCGAUGGCGCUCCAUUGGCGGCCUAUGAAAACACGGUGAUGGUCAUCAUCCAGUAUCGUCUGGGCAUCCUGGGCUUCCUGAGCACCGGAGACAGUCACGCUCAGGGGAACUGGGGCUUCCUGGACCAGCUGAAGGCUCUGAGCUGGGUUCAAGAAAACAUCGAGGCCUUCGGAGGAGAUCCUCAAACCGUCACAGUGGCUGGAGAAUCUGCAGGAGGCAUCAGUGCAUCCAUACUGACGUUGUCUCCAAAAGCUAAAGGAUUGUUCCACAGGGCAAUUUUCCAAAGUGGAGUAGCAACACUUGGGACCUACACCACCAACCAUCCUCUGACUUACGCCCAGAUUAUUGCCAACCUCACUGAAUGCAGCCACAGCAGCACAGAGGAAAUUGUUCGCUGUAUCAAGGGAAAGAGCAAAGACGAGCUCGUCGCUGCAACCAAAAAGAUGAAGAUUUUCCUGGGAGCCGUGGCGGACGGAGACUUUCUGACCGACACGGCCGUGGAGCUUCUGAAGAGGAAAGAGGUUCUGAAGGUUCCGGUGAUGAUGGGGAUCACCAACCAUGAGUUUGGAUGGAUUCUGCCUCAGAGCUUCGCCCCUCCUGGCUGGGAGAACGGGAUGAACAGGGAGUCGGUGCUGGCGGUGGUCAACAUGUUCAACCCUACAGGGGCCUCUGCAGAGAACAACCUGAUCAUAGACGAAUACCUGAAAGAUGCUAAAACUCCAGAAGAGAUCAGAGACGCAUUCACAGAAAUCAUUGGAGAUCUGCUGAUGACGCUGCCGGUGGUGACGGUGGCCGGAUACCACGCAGAUACUGGAGCUCCAGUCUACAUGUAUGAGUUUGUGUAUCGAGCUCAGGUCCACAAACACAACCGUCCGAGCUUCGUGAAGGCCGACCAUGCUGAUGACGUCGGCUUCAUGUUUGGAGCUUGUUUCUGGAACGGAGCAGUAAAAAUCCUAGGCACCGUCACAGCCGACGAUGAAAGUUUAUGUCGGACGAUGAUGUCUUACUGGGCCAACUUUGCUCGAACUGGUUCCCCCAGUGGUCCCGGUCUGGUCUCAUGGCCUCAGUACGACCGUCAGAAGCAGCAGUACAUGGAGCUGGAUGUGAUCCAGACGGUGAAACAGAAGCUGAAGAAGGACCGGGUCCACUUCGCCACCAUCAGCCUCCCCCAGAAGCUGCAGCAGUUAGCGGCAGCAGCUAAAGCCGCUAACUGAAGCUCUGCAUCAUCUGUUUUAGAGUUUGUUGUCAUUUUACGCCUCCACACUAUGAUUAAUCUGGCGCCUGUUGGUGGAUUUACCGGGCUCCUGCUCCAGAAUCUUUUAAUUGUGUGUUUUGUAAUGUAGCUGUAAUUAAAGGAAAUCUCUUCACUGGA